AUGUCAUGUGGCAUCUACUCCCCCUUCACACCGAGCUUGCACUCUUUUGGGCAAAACCUGGCUGAACCUCAGAUUGGCCCUGAUUUUGACCAAGGGAAGGCAUCAGGCUGUGGAGACUACAGCAGCUGCAUGACAAGGAAUCUUAGAGACAUGCAGGCAUUCCUAGGUGUUCAGGUGACCAGGAAUGUGGACAACAGCACUAUGAGCAUGACUCGGAGACCAUGGUGUGGUGUUCCUGACAUAGCAAACUACCAGCUCUUUCCAGGAGAGCCCAAAUGGGAAAAGAAAGCAUUGCCUCAGUAUUCAUUAAGGAUAGAGUUUCUGAAACCCUGUGUGGUGGGGGUUUCUUUUUCUUUCUUCUGCUAUUAUUUGCUACAUCGUCAUGGCUCUUAUCCCUUUGAUGGCCCACAUGGGACCCUGGCACAUGCUUUUGCCCCAGUGAAGGAUGGGAGGGGACAUUUUGACAGUGCAGAGAAGUGGACCAUGGGAACAAAUGGAUUUAAUUUAUUCACUGUUGCUGUCCAUGAAUUUGGACGUGCUCUGGGCCUCAGCCAUCCAACUGAUCCAUCUGCUUUCAUGUAUCCUACUUACAAAUACCAGUCUUCAUUUGGAUUUUGUUUGCCAAAGGACAAUGUGAAAGCGAUAUAAGCAUUGUAUGGAACAUUCUGCUCACUGACCAUUCCUUCCUUUCCUCAGCUCAUAUUAAAUGUUGUUGCUGCUUAUGAAGUUCCUGAGAGGGGGUUGGUUUAUUUUUUCAAAGGCCCUCAUUACUGGGUAACUCAAGGAUUUCAAAUGCAGAGCCCCUCUUACACAAUCUCUGACUUAGGUUUUCCAAAAAAAGUGCAGCACAUUGAUGCAGUGGACUACCUAAAGGAAGAAAAGAAGAUGCUCUUUGAGGGUGAUGAAUAUUACACACGCAUUCAUUACCGUUUGACCCUUUUGGACUGUACUUCUAUAGGAAAACAAAGAUUUUAUUUUUCACUAAGGAAAUGCAGACAAACUAAAAGCAUUGGAAGCAUGGGCUAUGUCUGGCAAAAUGUAGACAUCAUAGAACGUAUAUGGCUGCAUAAGAGUAUUUCAAGCAAGACUCCCAUUAUACUCAGUCUGUACCUGUGA